AUGGGAUCUACUAUUUCAAAAUCAAAUAAUGAUAAUGAUGUUAUUAAUGAACAAAAGAUAGUUUGUAAUCAAACUAGAUUAACUGAUUUAUUAUGGCGAAAAAUCAUUAGUUUGCUAUCGAAUGACCGAUGUAGAUAUCAUAGAUGUCGGUGGAAUCCUCUGUCACUCUCGCUAGUAUCGCACUACUGGCUUGUAAACAUCGUCGCUAGAGCACCUCUAAGAAUUACAACCGCAGAUUCCAAAUCACAAUUCCUAUUAAACUUUCAUAAAUCAUAUAGACGUUCUUUUAUAAAUUUAUAUAAAACAAAUAAUAAUAAUAAUAAUAACAACAGCAAUAGCAAUAGCAAUAAUAAUAAUAAUAAUAAUAAUAAUAUUUUAGAAAUAGAUAGAAAGUUUAAUAUUAUAAAAUUAACAGUAAUAUUCAAUCAUAGUGAUUUUCAAUUGAAAUUCGUAUCGAUGCCAUUCCGAGAGAAUAGGAAGUUGUACAAUAGACAUCUUUGGUUGGAGAUGUACAACGAUGCGCUAAUUAGAUAUUGGUCAUUCGAUUCACUGACGCUUGUCAAUCCACCGAGAAACUUUGAACCAGAGAAACUGUUGGUGGCAGCUCAACUACGAACGCUAAGAAUCUACCACGAAAACCCAAGAGCAAUCGAUAUGUCAGCAUUUCAGAAUGUUGUUACAUUUUCUCUGCGUCAGAACAAUCAAGCUACAAAGUCACUUUCAUUUACUAUUCCAAACAAAUCAUCGUUGCUCACUUCAUUAUCUCUAACAAUACCAUUCAAAUCAAACAACAACAACAACAACAACAAUGAUAUUAAUAGAUAUCCAUUUAAAGACAAUUCUUUCCAACCUUGGUUUGAAGGUGUUACAAAACUAGAGUUGAAUCAUAUUCAUAUUACAGAAUGGAAGAAUGUUGCUUCGGAACACAUCAACAUUGACUUUACAAAGCAAUUUGCGAAUCUAACAUCUCUAAAGUUGAAUCAUAUCUAUCAUAGAUUGGUAAAUACUCUUCAUUCAAAUAGUAUUGUCAUUGCUCAGCAGCAACAGGAGAUAACACAACCAGCGACAACAACAUUGGUUUCAGUUUUAGGUGGAUUAAAACAAUUGAGUUGUUUGUGUAUAUCUAAUGUUAGUGCACCUUUUCAAUUCUAUGGUGGUGGUGGUGGUGAGCAGCAAGACGAAAGGGAUGUUGAUGCAAAAGAAGAGUAUCGGAAUGGUCUGACUGUAUCGGUUUUCCAAAGAGAUUUGUCAUUGAUUGGUGUACAGAUUAAUACAUUGAAACUCAAGGGUAAAUACACUCUGUUCAAUCAGCUACUGAUGUCAUUGGAGCUACUACCAUACAUGAAUAGACUCUCACUGACAGAUCCUCUAGAGAAUACACAUCAUAUCGAUAGGAUUCUACAAUCAAAAUCACUCGUUAGAUUAUCUGCAAAUUUCAAUAAUAAUAAUAGUAAUAUAAAGUACUUCUUACAGAUCAAUUCUACAAUCAAAUAUUUAAAAGUAUAUCAUUCAGAUCAUUUCAACAAUACAACAAAUGAUGAUCAUCAUACAGAUUCACUACAGCCAAUCUUACAAAAAAAUAGAUAUUACUACAAUGAAAUAUUAGAUAAACACUAUUUGGGACCGCAAUUCAAUAAUCUAAUCAUAAUAUUUCAACCAAAUAAAAGAGAUGAUCCUAAACAUGAAAAAAAGAGUCAUCGAUCAAGAUAUAUGUCUUUCUUGAUGAAUAUCAUUAGGUUACUAUCAGAGUAUGAAUGUAGAUAUCAUAGGUAUGAGUGGAAUCCACUAUCGUUGUCAUUGAUAUCACACUAUUGGUUGGUGAAUAUCAUUGCUAGAUCAACACUUAGAAUAACAACAUUAGAUAUCGACUCUUCAUUUAUUAUCAACUAUCCACUGGCAUACCAAAGAUCACACAAUAAGCUGUUAGAUCAACAACAACAACAACAACAACAACAUUCAACAGCUAUAGAUAAGAAGACAUUCAAUAUUAGUAAAUUAACAUUAAUAUACAAACAGAUGAGUUACACCGAGUCACUUAUAAAUAGUUUACAGUUACAUAGACAACAACAACAACAACACAAACAAAGACAGCAACAGAAACGUAAAACUAUCAAUUGGGUAAUGACUUACAAUCAACCGCUAGAGACACACUGGUCGACACUCUCGAUUGCCGCGCCAUUCAACAACGACAAUCCAUUCAAAGUCGUCGAAAAUCCCGAUUGGUUCAAGAAUAUCGAAGCGCUAACACUCGACUACCUUCACAAACCUUUUUAUACACCUUGGGAAAGAACUAGUCCCGACCACAGAAUACCGAUUGAUCUUGCUAAAUUCCAAAACAUUUCAAAGCUAAAGUUGAAUCAUGUUUAUCAUAGAAUAGUUCAUGCAAUGAAUACAACCGAUCAAUCAACAACAACAGCAACCAAUAAUAACAUUAAUGCAUUCCAGCAACAAGAAGAUAGUCAUUUAAAUACCAUUCCAAUAUUAAUCAACCUAAAACGAUUGGCUUACUUAUCGAUCAAUAAUAUCGAUAUGAUGAGUCAAUCGGAUUCAGAAAGCAACGACGAUUUACUCGCAGAGUACGAUCACGGUAAAACAGCGGUGGCAUUCUCAAUCGAUCUCGAAGCUAUCGGAUAUCAACUACAUACUCUUAAGCUAAAAGGCAAAUAUACAUUGUUCAGCCAUCUGUUCAGUAGCGGCUCGACAGUACUCACCGAUCAGCUGAUAAACUUGAAGCGAUUAUCAAUUACAACCAGACUCGAUAAAGAGCACAUCGAUCUGAUUCAUCAAUGUAAAUCACUGGUGCGACUCUCUGCUAGCUUCAACGAUACUCUGCAAAAAUCUGUGAAAAACCGGACAGAGGUUUCAAAAUAUCAAACAUUGAAAGUGGUAGAUUCAAAUUCAAUCUUUUCUCUAAUUAAUUUAAUAUGGAACUGGAUACUUAGACAAUCUAUCUUAAGCUCUAGAUUCCCAGAUUUUUUAGAAAUUUUAGAGUAUGAUAUAGAUCGACGAAUAAAUAAUAUUGUUUAA